GGUCGACAAGCCAACUAGACUUGGCGACCUUGACCAUCUCACUGCCACCGCCGACAGCUACAUCGUCUCACGCCUAGAAACUGCCUCGUUCCCAAGUCGCUUUGAACCAUACCUCACGCCCAUCAUGUCUGGAUGGAUGUCAUACUUUACCGGCAAGCCCAAGGAUAGCCGUCAAUCCGCUCGCGAUAGCAUCGUCGGUCUCCGGUCACAACUCCUCGUUCUUGAUAAGCGGGAAGAGUUCUUGCAGAAAAAGAUCGAAGAGGAGCUAAAGAAGGCCAAGACGAAUGCGACUGCCAACAAGCGAUUGGCACUCGCCGCACUCCGGCAGAAACAAGCUUACGAAGGCGAACUCAACCGGAUCGCCGGGACCCGACUGACGCUGGAAGCCCAGGUGAAUGCGAUCGAGACGGCCAACUUGAACGCCGAGACCAUGGUCGCCAUGAAGAAGGGAGCUGAUGCGCUCAAGGGGAUCCAUGGGAGUCUCAACAUCAACAAGGUCGAUGCGACCAUGGAAUCCAUCCGGGAACAGAUGGAUCUCUCGAACGAGAUCUCGGACGCUAUCAGCAACCCUGUCAAUAUGGGCAUCGAGGUGGACGACGACGAAUUGAAGAACGAGCUAGAGGAAUUAGAGCAGGAACAGCUGAACGAGCGUUUGGUUGGUGCAGAGAGGGCACCGGUGCACGCUCCCGUCAGUGCGGGUCCAUCGAGAGUCUCACAUCAGCAAGAGGCUCAACGGCAAGAAGAGGAAGACGACGAAGAGGCGCAACUUCGAGCGCUGCAGGCCGAGAUGGCCAUGUAGACUGCCUCACAUCUCAGCGCCUUCACCACUUCAGCUUGCUAUAUACCUGCACCUUCCGUGGAUUCUAUCCUCCAUGCGCCCUUCGGUCAUCUCUCGAUUGCUUUCUCGUCCUGGCGUUCAGCCUUUACCGUAUCACUGAGCGGCUUGCAUACAGUACAAUCCAACUGGUGACUAGGCUGCCGCUCAACCUAAUUCAAGCAGAAAGAAUGUUU